CCGGGGUCGACGUCCUCGGAGAGUUCGGAGAAGUGCGCACGCGCACUGACCCCGACAGGCCUUAGCAACCAGAGCAGUGACAGUAGCAACGGCCGGAAUGGCAAAAGCAACAACAAUCAAAGAAGCCCUAGCCAAAUGGGAAGAGAAAACCAGUCAGAAGCCAUCCGAAGCCAAAGAGAUAAAGCUUUAUGCCCAGAUUCCCCCUAUAGAGAAGAUGGAUGCAUCCUUGUCCACACUUGCUAAUUGCGAGAAGCUUUCACUGUCUACAAACUGCAUUGAAAAAAUUGCCAACCUGAAUGGCUUAAAAAACUUGAGGAUAUUGUCUUUAGGAAGAAACAACAUAAAGAACUUAAAUGGACUGGAAGCCGUCGGGGACACAUUAGAAGAACUGUGGAUUUCCUACAAUUUUAUUGAGAAGUUGAAAGGGAUCCAUGUAAUGAAGAAAUUGAAGAUUCUCUACAUGUCUAAUAACCUGGUGAAGGACUGGGCUGAAUUUGUAAAGCUAGCAGAACUGCCCUGCCUGGAAGACUUGGUGUUUGUAGGCAAUCCCUUGGAAGAGAAACAUUCUUCUGAGGGCAACUGGAUUGAAGAGGCAACCAAGAGAGUGCCCAAACUGAAAAAGCUGGACGGUACCCCAGUAAUUAAAGAAGAUGAGGAAGAAGAUAACUAACACCACGUUUUCUGCUUUAUGUUAACUUAUUUAAAUGUCGUAAGAACAAUAGAUAAGUUUUGUAUAAUUGUCUAUUUUAAAGAUUCUGUGUGGGCAAAACAUUCUUAAGAUAAAACAAAUCUCUCAUUCUUAUCUAUUUUUUUCUUAACCUCUUCACUGUUCCUCCCCCAGAACGGUAACCCCAACUCUAUAUAUUCUAGUCCUCUUCUUAGAAACUACAAACUUCCAAUUUUUGUCUUCAGUCCCAAUUAUGUAUUUCGUGGCCCCAUCCACUGCAACGUGUAUAGACCAGUCAUUUUUAACAACAAAGGAACAAAUGUGGUUCUUUAUUCAGUUUGUUUAGCUUUCUUUCAGGCCAGACAUUUAAAUAUAUAUACUUAACUUUUGAAUCUGUAGACCAUCUUUCCUGAAGGUCCAUCUCCUUAUGACUCAGAAGCACAAGUGUGUCAUGCCUGUGGUUCAGAAGGCAGCAUGGUGAUGGGAAGUGUUCCUCUUAGAAAUACAGCAGCAGCCCUGGAACCAAGACUCCCAAGUUCAGUUGGAAAAGUUAUGGUGAAAAAAGGAAAAUUAACAUCUUAGAGGCCUUAUAGCCCACGUUACAUUUACCUAUUUGUUUUUCCAAAAAUGUGUGGAUUGUCAACUGGAAUUUAGGUUGCGUUUACAUGUUUGGCCACUUGAGUCACUGUGCACAGUCAGUCAUUCUGUGAUUUAGGUCAGUGGUUAAAAUGACUGUCAUGAUCAUUCCUUUGACCAAUACUGUGGCCAUCUUACUCAUGUGGACCUGACCUUAGGCACACUUUUUGGUUUAUAGUUCCUUAUGUGUUGUAUGAGGAAAUAUAUAUAAGCAGUAGUUAUAUUCGAAUUCCUAGCCUAAAUGUUGGCCAUUCAUGUAUGUCAAAAUUUGCCCUAAUAAUUAACUUUGGUCUGUUGACCAUCAUGUUGGGAGAAGUGAUUGUUAUAAGGGUAUAGAACUUAAAGACCGAAUUUGGUACCUUUCAAUAAAUGAAAUUUAGUAUUUCAAAAUAUACUUUUAGAAAAGUUUUAAAUUAAACAGCUCUUAAAAUGGCUUAUGUAAGUGGUUGUGAAGGGAAAAGAGAAGAGGUGUUUUCAUUACAGGAUCCCAGACAAAUGGCAAUUUUUUGAGGAUUGCCUCCUCUGUAAAGCAUUGUAGGUGAUUUAGCCUCAAAAUUGCAAAGCAAUAGUUGGAUGCAGAGCUUAGAAUUUAUCAUAUAAGAAAAAAAAUUAUUCUUGAAAAGUGCAAGAUAUGGCAGUCAGUAAUGAGAUGAAGCCCAUAGCAGGCCCUGACGGAAGCGCUGAUAGAUUGCAGAAAGAAGUCAGAGGCCUCUGCCAGUACGUGCCUCAAGUCCCUCGGUCGGAGACGCUGAUUCUUGUUUCCCUAUUUUCUUGUAUAAAGUCAAAGAGGGGAGUCAUUUUUAAAAAGUGAUUGCGUAAGUAGUCCUGAAUUUCAGAAGUUCUUAGCUAUCAUUUAAGCAGGAAUUACGUGCUUUCUCUGAGUCACUCUGAUCAAAAGGGAUCACUGCUUCGACAAUCAAUUCUAAAUACAAACAACAGGAGGGAAAAUUAGUCCCACACUUUUUAGCUUCCUUUCAACUCUUUCUUACAAUCUGAUAGGAAGAAAUCUUUACUCUGACUGGCUUCUACAUUCAAAGCUUCUGGGUAUUUCUUUUGUGAGCCAGAGGCAAUGAGCAGUGAUGUUGAAGGCCCAUAAGCUAAGAGAGAAGAUGAUCUUCUUUACUUGUAGUUUGCACUUCAUCUAGUGGGCAUCUAAGCCAUAUUGCUAUAUAUGGGUAUAUUUUCUAAAAAUUAUUCUGGAAGUGAAUAUGGUAGUAGAGAAUGGAUGACUUCAUAUUGAAUUUAUUUGUAAAAUGGCUUACAGUGUUGGUGUUUGUUUUUCCUGAAUUCUGUAAUAUAGAAACUAA